AUGGCAUCCAAACGAAAAGCUGCAGCUAUGAACGCGGCUGCAGCCGAAGAACCAGUAGAUCCGUCGGAUGAGCUUAUGUUUCUUUGCCUAGGAGGAGGAAACGAAGUCGGGAGGUCAUGCCACAUUAUUCAGUACAAAGGAAAGACAGUCAUGCUUGAUGCCGGUCAACAUCCUGCGUAUGAUGGACUCGCCGCGUUGCCUUUCUACGACGACUUUGAUUUGAGUACUGUCGACGUGCUCCUCAUCAGCCAUUUCCAUAUUGACCAUGCGGCAUCAUUACCAUAUGUUCUCGCCAAGACCAAUUUCAGGGGCCGCGUCUUCAUGACACAUCCCACUAAGGCUAUCUAUAAAUGGCUUAUCCAGGACAGUGUCCGAGUUGGCAACACUUCAUCCAAUCCUACCACACAGCCUGUUUACACUGAGCAAGACCAUCUAAACACGUUCCCUCAGAUCGAGGCUAUCGACUACCACACCACUCACACCAUCUCCUCCAUCAGAAUCACCCCUUACCCAGCCGGCCAUGUCCUCGGUGCCGCCAUGUUUCUCAUUGAGAUUGCUGGUCUCAACAUCUUCUUCACAGGUGACUACUCGCGCGAACAAGAUCGACAUCUUGUCUCGGCAGAAGUUCCCAAGGGUGUCAAAAUUGACGUUCUCAUCACUGAGUCUACAUAUGGCAUUGCCUCUCAUGUUCCUCGUCUGGAAAGAGAACAGGCCCUUAUGAAAUCAAUCACAAGUAUCCUCAACAGAGGCGGUCGAGUGCUUAUGCCAGUCUUUGCUUUGGGACGAGCCCAAGAGCUGCUUUUGAUUCUCGACGAGUAUUGGGGAAAGCAUGCCGACUUCCAGAAAUACCCUAUCUACUACGCAAGUAAUCUUGCGAGGAAGUGUAUGCUUAUCUACCAAACAUAUGUCGGUGCCAUGAACGACAAUAUUAAGCGUCUCUUUCGUGAGCGGAUGGCCGAGGCCGAGGCAUCUGGUGAUGGUGCAGGCAAGGGCGGACCAUGGGAUUUUAAGUACAUCCGUUCGCUCAAAAACCUGGACAGGUUCGAUGAUGUAGGCGGUUGUGUUAUGCUUGCUAGCCCCGGUAUGCUUCAGAACGGUGUCAGCCGUGAACUACUGGAAAGAUGGGCGCCCAGCGAGAAGAACGGUGUUAUUAUUACUGGUUACAGUGUCGAAGGCACUAUGGCCAAGCAGAUUAUGCAGGAGCCUGACCAAAUCCAGGCCGUCAUGUCUCGCAGUAUGGCCGGUGCCCGGCGUAUGCCUGGCAGCGAUGGUGAGAAGGUUCUUAUUCCUCGACGAUGCAGUGUCCAGGAAUACUCGUUCGCUGCUCACGUUGAUGGCGUCGAGAACCGAGAAUUUAUCGAGGAGGUUCAAGCACCAGUUGUUAUUCUUGUCCAUGGAGAGCAACACAACAUGAUGCGUCUCAAGUCUAAGCUCCUAUCACUCAACGCCAACAAAACCACUAAAGUCAAGGUUUACUCUCCCCGUAACUGUGAGGAACUACGCAUUCCCUUCAAAGCCGACAAGACGGCCAAGGUCGUAGGAAAGCUUGCCUCUAUUCAGCCCCCUCAGAGCAUUCACCCUGAUCAGACCGCCACGCCACCUCUUGUCACUGGUGUGCUUGUGCAAAAUGAUUUUAAGCUAUCUCUCAUGGCACCCGAAGAUCUCCGCGAAUACGCGGGUCUCAACACUACCACUAUCACCUGCAAACAGCGCCUUACUCUCAGUGCUGCGGGUGUUGACCUUGUCAGGUGGGCUCUCGAGGGUACCUUUGGCAAUAUAGAGGAACUUCCUGAAAUGCGCCGUGCAAAGAAUGGACAUAAUGGACAUGCUGAUAAGAUGAUUACGGAUGGCGACGAAGCGAAGCAAGAGGAUGCGGAUGAAGAGGUUGGCAGCCUUGUUGCAGCGUACCUGGUCAUGGGUUGUGUUUCAGUCCGAUAUCGAACAAACGGAGAAGUUGAGCUUGAAUGGGAGGGCAACAUGCUUAACGAUGGAAUCGCCGACUCCGUCAUGGCGGUUCUUUUCUCUGUCGAGAGCUCUCCCGCUGCGGUCAAGCGCUCAUCCGCGAAACACUCACACUCACACGACCUCCCAGAAGUGAACCCUCACCAUUCCGCCACCCCUGAGGAACGUCUCGAGCGUCUCCUGUGGUUCCUCGAAGCCCAGUUCGGCCAAGACAAUGUCGCCCCUGUUACUAUUCCUAAGCUGCCUACGCUGGAAGGCGCAGACGACAAACCCAAGAAGGACGGCGAAGAUGAAGACGCCAUGAAGGUAGAGGAGGAUGGCGAAGACGCACAACUCCAGGAGAGACAGCAAAAGGAAAUUGAGCGAUUGCACAAGAUUGGCAUCCCAGUUCCUGGAGUAUCGAUCAAAGUCGACAAGAUGUCUGCCACAGUAUGGUUGGAGGAUCUCGAGGUCGAGUCAAGCCAUAAGGUAUUUGCUGACCGAGUGAGAGCUGUUGUAGAGAGGGCUAUCGAGGUGACAGCACCUCUCUGGGGUUAA